AUGAAGAUAUCGACUCUCUUAGCUAUUCCUUCCUUGGCCUUUCUAACCCUUUCUCAACCAACAAUCUUGAGAACCCAAUUGCGCUCUGUUCCUUCAAUCCGUUCUCAGUCGCAAAUCGCUGAGAGCAAUGGAUCACAUGCCAGUACAAGCGGAACUUCGUUUGUGAUUGGCGGCAAGAAAGGAUAUUAUGCUGGCACAAACUCCUACUGGAUCUCUUUCCUCACCAACAACGAUGAUGUGGACCUGGUAAUGGGCCAUCUCCAAACCUCCGGACUCAAGGUUCUCCGGGUUUGGGGGUUUAAUGAUGUCAAUACCAAGCCUGCCAAGGGAACCGUGUGGUUCCAGCUGCUGCAAAACGGCAAAGCAACCAUCAACACCGGAGCCGACGGCCUGCAACGUCUUGACUAUGUAGUCAAAUCUGCAGAGGCCCAUGGUAUUAAACUGAUUAUUAACUUUGUGAACAAUUGGAGUGACUAUGGUGGCAUGCCCGCUUACGUAAAGAACUAUGGAGGAACGCAGACUGGUUGGUAUACGAAUACUGCUGCUCAGGCCGCAUACCAGCAUUACAUCAAGACUGUCGUUAGCCGAUACACCAGGUCAUCUGCUAUUUUUGCGUGGGAAUUAGCCAACGAGCCUCGUUGCAGUGGGUGCCACACGUCCGUCAUCACCAAUUGGGUGAAAAAAACCAGCAAAUUUAUCAAGUCUCUCGACUCGACUCAUAUGGUUGCCAUUGGAUCUGAGGGCAUGGGUCUCGCUACGGAUUCCGAUGGAAGUUAUCCAUUUGGAUAUUCAGAGGGAAAUGACUUUGAAGCCACCUUGGCUAUCUCCACUGUUGACUUUGGUACCAUUCAUAUGUAUCCUGACCAAUGGAGCGAGUCUGACUCAUGGGGCACCACCUGGAUCCAGGCCCAUGGAAAAGCCUGUAGCAAGGCAGGCAAACCAUGUCUCCUCGAGGAAUACGGUUCGUCGAGUUUCUGCAGUGUUGAGCAGCCGUGGCAAUCCGCUGCUCGUACUUCGCUCGCUGGUGAUUUGUUUUGGCAGUGGGGAGAUCAGUUGAGCACAGGCAAAUCACCGAAUGAUGAGUACAGUGUUUGGUAUAAGAGCAGUGAUUAUACCUGCUUGGUGACAGAUCAUAUCAGUCAGAUUGGCUCGUAG